CAUUUUAUGAUUAUUAAAGUACUAGUUAUCUAUUACAAAAAGUUAACGGCCCUCAUAUAUGCCUCCUCCAGAGGUCACCACAGGUGCCACUGGACCCCCUUCUUUCAAGUCAUGCUGGUUAAGGUCACUGACAGCUUUCCACUGCAGGCUUCACUUAGUCAUGCGCAGCUCCACAGUCUGAGAAGCAGUUUCCGUUGCAGUGUUCAGUCUUUCCAAAGUCUGAGUCCCUCUCAACGGUAGCUGUGUGGUCUCUUUUGGAGGAACUAACUCUAGGGGUGUAGGGGUAGGGCUUAGUCUUUCUGCUCUGUGUGUCUUUCCUUUCCAGGAUGACAGGGUGUGAAAAAGUCACGUGUCCUGCUCGGAGUUCACUAAUAACUUUUCAUGUCAAAGAUCUGUUGAAAUGAUGGUGUUUGGCAUUUCUGCUGUGGCUAGAGAGUGUAAAAUCACACAAUGGGCUCACAGUGUGAUUUCUACAGGGCUGUUUUGGAGCAGAUGGGGUGGGGCGACCUGGGGGUGUACGGAGAACCUUCCAGAGAGACUCCAAAUUUGGACCAGAUGGCUGCAGAAGGGAUGCUUUUCCCAAACUUCUACUCGGCCAACCCUCUGUGCUCGCCAUCCAGGGCAGCCCUGCUCACAGGACGGCUGCCCAUCCGCAACGGCUUCUACACCACCAAUGCGCACGCCCGGAAUGCCUACACGCCCCAGGAGGUAGUGGGCGGCAUCCCCGACUCUGAGCUCCUGCUGCCUGAGCUCCUGAAGGAAGCCGGCUACACCAGCAAGAUCGUGGGCAAGUGGCAUCUGGGUCAUAGGCCCCAGUUCCACCCCCUGAAGCACGGAUUUGAUGAGUGGUUUGGAUCCCCCAACUGUCACUUUGGACCUUAUGACAACAGGGCCAGGCCCAACAUCCCUGUGUAUAGGGACUGGGAGAUGGUCGGCAGAUUUUAUGAAGAAUUUCCAAUCGACCUGAAGACUGGGGAGGCCAACCUCACCCAGAUCUACUUAGAGGAGGCCCUGGGUUUCAUCAGGAGGCAGCAGGCCAGCCAACGCCCGUUCUUCCUCUACUGGGCCAUCGACGCCACCCACGCGCCUGUCUACGCCUCCAGAUCUUUCUUGGGUACCAGCAGGCGAGGGCGGUAUGGGGACGCCGUUCGCGAGAUCGACGACAGUGUUGGGAGAAUCCUGAGGCUGCUGCGGGAGCUGCGCCUCGGGGAGAACACCUUCGUCUUCUUCACCUCGGAUAACGGCGCUGCCCUCAUUUCUGCUCCCGAGCAAGGUGGCAGUAAUGGCCCCUUUCUGUGUGGGAAACAGACCACAUUUGAAGGUGGAAUGAGGGUGCCUGCGAUCGCGUGGUGGCCCGGGCACAUCCCUGCAGGCCAGGUAAGUCAUUGUCACCCACAGGAUCUUACGGGGUGUGGGUGCCAGUGGUGGGGAGGACACUUCUGGGCCUACCUGUCCCUCGCAGGCCUGAAGCCGCCCCGUGACAGGGCUGUCGACGGCCUCGACCUCCUUCCUGCCAUUCUGCAGGGCCAGCUGAUGGACAGGCCCAUGUUCUAUUACCGUGGCAAUACACUGAUGGCGGUCACUCUUGGCCUGUACAAGGCCCACUUCUGGACUUGGACCAACUCCUGGGAGGAGUUUAAACAGGGCAUCGACUUCUGUCCUGGGCAGAACGUCUCAGGAGUCACAACCCACACCCAAGAAGAGCACACAAAGCUGCCCCUGAUGUUCCACCUGGGACGAGACCCUGGGGAGAGGUACCCGCUCAGCUUUGGCAGUGCUGAGUACCAGGACGCCCUUGGCAGAAUCACCCCAGCUGUCCAGCAGCACCAGGAGGCCUUGGUCCCCGGACAGCCCCAGCUCAAUGUGUGCAACCAGGCAGUCAUGAACUGGGCACCCCCAGGCUGUGAAAAGUUAGGCAAGUGUCUGAGGCCUCCAGAGUCUGUCCCAGAGAAGUGCUCCUGGCUCCAUUAGCACCUGAUUGAACCCAGAAUCUCCAGACCCUGCAGGUGCCCAAGAGCAGGAAGUGUCUGACCUCUGCGAAGUGCUCACUGCCAGACAGCACCUGCAGCCCCCAGCAAGGCCUGCCGGAGACCUGGUUCUAGAGUCCACUCCUCAUUGCUCCUCCCACCCACCUGACCCUGCAGCCCAUCAUCUCGGCUGGCUAUGAAGGAGGCCACAGGCGUGACUGCUGCCUCCCCUGCUCCUGCGUGUUUCCAUCUCAGUGAUGAAGGAUUGAUGGCAGUGGUGUGAUUGGAUUCUGAGCCCCUCGGUGCUAUUAGGGUGCUCUCCACACCACCCCACAGGGCUGUGGACAAGGGGGGACAGGGAGGAGGCAGACACUCCACCCCACAUUGGGCGCCCAUGCCACUUCUUCUGUGGAGGGUGUCGGUGUCCUUGGCUCUCUGCCCGGGCUCAGCACACUGAUUCUGUCUGCUGUGAGCCCACCUGUCUCAAGGCAGGUGGGAGCCGCCUUCCAUGAGUGGGUUCUCACAUCUCUGCCGUUCCGCCAAAACAAAUCGUAGAAGUUGGGAAGUGUCGAAGAAUCGGCUCAUAAUAAAGAACAAAGCCUGUUUUAA